AUGAACCCAAGCACAAGUCACCUCCCAGGAAAGGUGCCAAUAUGGGCACCAGGCAAGGAACCCCUUCCACCUGGCUGGACUGAGGAAGACCGGCCAAUGUGGAAUCAGCAGAAGAAGUGGGAACGCUUCGCUGGGAUGGCCAUGGAGUCAUGUGUGGUUAAGACUGUACUUGCUGGUGGUGCUGGUUUUGGUAUUGGUGCUUUCUUCUCUCUCAUGUCUGCAUCUUUUGCAUAUGAAGAUCCAUACCUACGAGCACAAACACAAGCUGCAAUGAACACAACACAAAAGGCUGGCCAGAUCUUCAAGGAAAUGGGGAGGGGCAUGUGGACGAGUGGACGUGGCUUUGCCAAAGUCGGCGCGUUGUACGCUGGUAUUGAGUGUGUGAUCGAGUCGUAUCGUGCCAAAAACGAUAUCUACAACUCUGUCGGUGCUGGGUUCCUUGCUGGUGGUGUGUUGGCACGGGGUUCAGGACCAAAAGCAGCAGUCGGUGGUGGUUUGGCAUUCGCCGCCUUCUCUGCUGCAAUUGACAUGUUCCUACGGAAGGAACCUGCCGACGACGAUUAG